AUGCAGGUCGUUGAACGUGGUUCCUUGCUGCAUCAUCUGGGUCACGCACGCUGCCUAUCGCGUCGACGAGGUGUAGCGCUGCUAGCUGUGUCGUCGGGUGCAUUGUGCGUGAAUGAUCACGCGAUGCCUAGUGUCGUCUGCGGGUCGCAUCACCUGGUAGAGCAACACAUCUCCCUCCACACAACCUUACGCAGACUUAGACCUUCAGACUUGACAGGCUUUGGAGGCAUUUAUUUCAGCAUGGAUCCAGCAACAGUCGAACAAUUAGAUUUCGGGGAAGAAGAAUACGACGGAAAUCAUAAGUUGCAAUAUCCUCAGGGUGGUGCUAUACCCGCACUUGCUGAUGAGGAAAUGAUUGGUGAUGAGGAUGAAUAUGAUGACCUCUACAAUGAUGUUAACGUGGGAGAGGGCUUCCUUCAAAUGCAGCGUUCUGAAUCACAAAUACCUUCUGCUCCGGUAAACAAUGAGUUCCAAACUUCGAAAAAUUCUCAAACUAGAGCCGAUGCAUUGCCCUCCAAAGACACGAACAAUGCCCUGGUCGCCAAUGCAGCCAAAUUCUCUGAACAAAAGACGAGCAUGCCAAUAAAACAAACUGUGGAACGGGAAACACUUCCUGAAACGGCACAAAAUUCUCAGUCGGGGAAUUUGGGAGGAGGAUAUACCUAUCGAGGAUCAGCAGGCGUACCUCAUAACACUGCCCCAGACCUUGUGAACUCCUCAGAAAAAGUUCCGCCGCCUAACGUGGCGACUUCAGACCGCCCAGUGGACUCCGAGUACCUGAUAAGGUCGUCCGUGGAAAACGGUAACACGAUGCUGUUUGUAGGUGAAUUGCACUGGUGGACGACGGAUACUGAGCUGGAAAGCGUGCUCAUCCAUUACGGAAAGGUCAAGGAGAUCAAGUUUUUCGACGAGAGGGCUAGCGGGAAGUCGAAAGGCUACUGCCAGGUCGAGUUUUACGACGCUUGCGCAGCCUCCGCUUGCAAGGAAGGCAUGAACGGUCACGUUUUCAACGGGCGGCCUUGUGUGGUGGCAUUUGCCACCCCACAAACCAUAAGGCAGAUGGGUGCCUCGUACAUGAACAAGAACCAAGCCCAGGCGCAGUACCAGCCGCAGCAGGGUAGGAAUCCCCCGCAUGACGGCACGGGGGGGAGGGGUGGAGACUCGGGUAGGAACUUCGGACGAGGUGGCGGCUGGGGACGAGGGAAUCAGUUGAAUAACAGAGGCCCUGGGGCUGGGCCAAUGAGAGGAGGAAGAGGAGGGGGUAUGGGGAACCGAAAUAUGAUGGGGAACAACAACAACGCGCCCAAUGCUGGAAAUUUCGGUCAGGGCCUUAACGGGCCCGGUUUCUGUGGGCCCGCCGGGUUGAUGCAUCCUCAGGGGAUGAUGGGCCCCGGUUUCGACCUGGCGUUUAUGGGAAGAGGUGCCGGUGGCGGAUAUGGGGGAUUCUCGUCUCCCGCUUUCCCGGGUAUGCUUCCCCCAUUUCAAGGCGUGAAUGUGGCUCCUCACGUCAACCCGGCGUUUUUCGGUCGAGGGAUGAGUCAGAGUGGGAUGGGGAUGAUGGGGAAUGUAGGGGGGAUGAUGGGUGGGCCCCACUCAGGGAUGUGGAAUGAUGGUGGUAAUAACAUGGGUGGGUGGGGAGGGAUGGAACAUGGACGGGAGUCGAGUUAUGGUGGUGAGGACAAUGCAUCGGAGUACGGGUAUGGUGAGGUGAGUCAUGACAAGGGCGUGAGGGAGAAGGAAAGGAAUUCGGAUCGUGACUGGCCGAGUAAUAACCCGGAGAAGAGGCAUCGGGAGGAGAAGGAGCGUGAUGAUGGGGAAAGGUAUGAUAGGGAAAGUAGGUACAGGGAAGAGAAGGAUCAUUAUCGAGACUAUCGCCACAAGGAUCGUGACUCUGGUUACGAUGAUGACUGGGAUAGAGGACAGUCGUCGAGGUCACGUAGCAGAUCAGGUGCGGCGGUGGUGCAGGAAGACGAUCAUCGCAGGUCUCGUUCUAGGGAUGCUGAUAAUGGUAGAAGGAGACCAUGCUGCGUGGUCCCUGGCUUUGAUGAAGUAAGUACCCCUUUAGUAGUGGAUGCUGUGAAGAACAGAUUUGUGUUGCUUUUCUACUUCAAAAUAUAA